AAUUUUCAAUUUCAGCUGCAGGUUUAAGCUUGACAGAAUUUUUUUUAAGCGAAAAUACCGAAAACCGAUUCUUGCAUAUCCAGAAAUAUCCAUGUUUAUAUUGAAACAUCCAUACAUUUUAAAUACGCAUUUGAUAUUAAAAAUGUUUAUUUUUUAAAGCUGUGAUUGAAAAAUAUGCUCGUUGGCACAUACUAGUUUUGUUAAAAGUUCUAACAUCAACAAUUUUUUGGUCAUUUGUUUGAUCUAAUACUCCAUUUCACUAAUCGCCGUAUGAUGUGACGUUUCAGUUCCUUCAAAUCAGCUCCAAGUCGACAAAAAAAUGGGCAGCAGUGAAGAUGAGCACUUCAAUAUAUCUCCUGCUUCUCUGCGAAGCAAAGAGAAGAAAAUGCAUCGAAAACCUAAGAAGUCAAGAAGCAGUAGAAAGCAAAUGAAGGAUAAAGGAUAUUCUAAAGGUAAGCAUUUGCGUGAUGCAAAAUGCUCUUCAAACAACAAAACCCCUGUUGAAUACAGUGAUGUCAGCUCUGAGGCAUUCAGCGAACCUGAACAAGGUGAAAUUACUGAUGACAGUCAAGUAAGUCUGAGUGAAGGAGAAGUCAGUCCUGUAAGACAUAGAUCAAUGUUUGGCAGUCAAGUGCGAAGCAGAGAUCUCAACAAUGCUGGGGAAUAUGCUUCACAGACUUUUAGCAAAGACCACCAAGCAUCGGAAGAACCAGAACAAAAGUCAGCCAAGAAAAAUAGGAAAGAGCGUAAAGAUAAGAAACACAAGAAAGAAAAACGUCGACGAAGAUCACGUACUCCUUCUCGUUCGCCCUCACGUUCUCCAUCAUUGAGUCGCAAACGGAAAAAGAAACAUCGACAUCGCUCGCCUCCUUCCAAAUCUUCGUUUCCUGAAGGAAGUCCUGUGAGUUCAGAAGAAGAUCUAGUAGUCGUACCCAAAAGGGAAACUUCCCACGGAAACGCACGUUAUGUAUCUAGCCGUAGUGCCAGCAGUCGAGAGGAUCAUAUGCAUCAGGAUUCGCGUAUUCAGCACUUUGAAACCUCGGGUGAAUAUCGGAAUCGCAAAUCCUCAAUAAUUGAACCUCCUGCUGUUCGUGCUGUACGUGAACCAUCUUCAUCCGAAGAUUCCCCAGCAUGUUUUCGUUCAUCCGUGUCUCCUCCUCCACCCUCAAGACCACGUGAGCCGCCAACUAAAGAAGUUUCAUCAGACACGUUAACCUCGAAAAAACCAACUCUGGCCGAUCGUCAACGGUCUCGCACUCGUUCUCCGCACACUCCGGAAAAAGUUUCCCCUUUCAGAUUUGACGGAGUCGGUGAAUUAUCUCCUCAUACACCUCCACUUCCUCCCAAAGCUUACGAAAAAUUCAAACUUUCAAAAGAACCUAUCAACAAAAGUCCAGUAAGAGUCCGAACGCCUCCUUAUCCACAUCCUGAGACCAACCGAAAACGCCGAAAAUCUAGAAGCCGUUCCCGUAGUCGUGAAAGAGAGACGAAUCGUAAGCGUAGGGGCCGCAGUAGAAGUCGUAGUCCCAGUCGCAAUAAGAAAAUUGGGCCUCGUUCGCCUUCCUCUGCAGUGGGGCGUAUUCCUCGCCGCUCAAAGUCACGUAGCUGGUCUCCGAAGCGGCAACCUAACCGAUCUCGUGAUCGCCCCUACAAGAUCAGCCGUAGUCGUAGCCCACCACCUAUCCGAAGCAGUGAACAACGUCGCCCGCCUGUCCCGGUCGUUUCACCUGCUCAAGUGUCUUCUGCAAUUCCCAAAACUCUUGCUUCGAAUCGUGCAAACAUGAUUGAUACCAGCUUGUUCGCUGAAAUGGUUAAAACCAAAUCAAAGAAGAUGCAGGAACAAGAUAAACAACCGAGACAACGAUUUGAGUUGAAAAGUGAAUCGGACGGCGUUAUGCAUUCUUUAUUGGAUAUCCCCAUUCCAGUAGAGUCGACGACGCCUCCUCACCCUUCACCAGCUGUAUCAGUUGGUGGUUUCAUUCCUGUUUCUACUUCCAUUUCGGACGUUAAAGGCCAUCAGCAUUCACUGAAUAAAAUUGAGUUGCCGCCUUCUCCUUCCAGUCAAACCUCGUUUGUAAAAAGUCCACCCCGGAAGAACAAGAGCCUCGUCAAGGAUUUGCCGAUGCCGUCUGUUGUUUCAGGAGCCGAAGAAUUGAGCCCGGACGAAGAUAUGAGUGGAAUGACACCUCCUUCCAAUCCGGAUGGUAGUGCUAGCACGAUCAAGGGCCCACGACCAAAAUCUCUUCGCCCAGUCAUCUAUGGCAAAAAGCUAUUGGAAAGUAUGACCGCCAAGGAUUGGGGUGUCCGAUGUGUGGACACUUUUGAAAUGGUGGCUCAAAUCGGUGAAGGAACAUACGGUCAAGUGUACAAAGCUAAGGACAAAGCCACUACCGAAAUGGUGGCUUUGAAGAAAGUACGUCUUGAAAAUGAAAAAGAAGGCUUCCCAAUCACAGCUGUACGUGAAAUCAAGAUCUUGCGACAACUCAAUCAUCGUAAUAUUGUUAAUUUGAAAGAAAUAGUCACUGACAAGCAGGACGCGUUGGACUUCCGCAAAGACAAAGGCUCAUUUUAUUUGGUGUUCGAGUACAUGGACCACGAUUUGAUGGGCCUGCUGGAGUCAGGACUAGUUGACUUUAACGAGCAAAACAACGCUUCUAUUAUGAAACAAUUAUUGGACGGACUGAACUACUGUCACAAAAAAAACUUCCUUCACCGUGAUAUCAAGUGUAGCAACAUUUUAAUGAAUAAUCGGGGGCAAGUGAAACUCGCCGAUUUCGGAUUGGCCCGCCUCUACAAUGCUGAAGACAAACAACGCCCUUACACAAACAAAGUGAUUACGCUUUGGUAUCGACCUCCUGAAUUGCUCCUUGGUGAAGAGCGGUACGGCCCGGCUAUAGAUGUGUGGUCUUGUGGUUGUAUUUUGGGGGAACUUUUCCUGAAAAAGCCUGUCUUUCAAGCAAAUGUGGAAAUGAUGCAGCUUGAGCUCAUUUCUCGUUUAUGCGGUACGCCUUGCCCUGCCGUUUGGCCGUCAGUCGUCAAGCUUCCUCAAUGGCAUACGCUUCGUCCCAAAAAGACCUACCGAAGGAGAGUUCGGGACGAAUUUGCUUUUAUGCCACCCGCGGCUUUGGAUCUACUCGACAAAAUGCUUGAGCUUGACCCAGACAAAAGAAUUACUGCUGACGAAGGAUUGAAAUCUCCAUGGCUGAAAGCUGUGGCUCCUGAGAAUUUCCCACCUCCUAUUUUACCAACUUGGCAAGAUUGUCACGAGUUGUGGAGCAAGAAACGACGCCGUCAAAUGAGGGAGCAGCAGGAACAGCAGCAACGACAUCAAGCUGCAUUGCAUGCACCUGGGAAUGGUCGUGUAGCAGAAGAAACCGCCGAGUCUAACUCGACAGGAGGCUCCUCUCGGAAUCUUAAGUUGGAGGCUGGUGGAUUUAGCGUCUCCCCGAAUGCAGCUUAUCGACAGCAGCAGUCACGUUCAGCUGAAAAUUCGAAUACACCUCCUAUUCCUAACAGAGGUUCUGGAAAUAAUGCUGGAGGAAACGCUUCAUUGUCUUUGUUGCAACAGUUGACGUCUAUAAAGAAAUUGCUCACGAGCCAACAAACGGUUCGUGUGGAUCAAAUUACAACUCUGAUGAGUGAAAAGGUUGAUGCUGAAUCAUCUCAACUGGUUCAGAAUCUAAAUACGCAACUGAUAAUGGCAGCCACUGCCUCCAAGAACUCACAGCUUAAUGCCAAAACGGCAAAUUCAUCAUCGUCUAGCCUUGAUCCACAUGAAGCCAUUUUUCUUCCAGGAGGGCGCUCUUGGUCUGACGGUUCAGAUUCCGCAGCCGUGGAUUCCUCCAGUCAACUUGUAGGAGGAAGCCUGGCUACGGAAGGAGUCCGGACUGCACUGGCUCAACUGUUAAAUCUUCAUGGAAUGCAUGUCAAUGGUCUUGAACCUUUCGUCGGUCAUCCGUCAGCACACGAUUCCGGCGAUCCACCAUGAAGCUGCGGACUACUGAAAUAAAGCGAGACCAUUGCUCCUUGGCUGAAAAUGGUAAGUAGGAAUAGAACGUGAAAACUUUCCGAUGCGACGUGAACAAAUUUUGAUUGGGUUUACAUUUUUGUAUAUGUAAACAAAAAAUUGUUAUAAGCGUGAUAUAAAUAUGAUAAACUUUU